GUACCAGUUCAAUCCAGCGUUCUUCCAGACCACCGUCACCGCUCAGAUCCUGCUCAAGGCGCUGACCAACCUCCCGCACACGGACUUCACCCUCUGCAAGUGCAUGAUCGACCAGGCUCACCAAGAAGAGAGGCCGAUCAGGCAGAUCCUCUACCUGGGGGAGCUGCUGGAGACCUGCCACUUCCAGGCCUUUUGGCAAGCCCUGGAUGAGAACAUGGAGCUGCUGGACGGGAUCACUGGCUUUGAGGACUCUGUUAGGAAAUUCAUCUGCCACGUGGUGGGGAUCACCUACCAGCAUGUUGAUCGGUGGUUGCUGGCGGAGAUGCUGGGAGACCUCUCAGACAGCCAGCUCAAGGUCUGGAUGAGCAAAUAUGGCUGGACAGAAACUGAGCCUGGCAAGGUCUUCAUCUGCAACCAGGAGGAGAGCGUCAAGCCCAAGAACAUUGUAGAGAAAAUAGACUUUGACAGUGUCUCCAGCAUCAUGGCGUCUUCCUUGUGAUGCCCCUGUUGCCCACUACCAUCUGCGCUGCUUGUGAGAACCUGCUCUGGGUCUAUUUUUUAUUUAAUUCCUUUUUAAAUUUAAUCCAGCCCUGGCCAAUAAAUGUUUGGAGAGAU